AUGAAGGGCCGAAUCAACAUCGUGAUAGAGCUAGUGAAGGCGAGACUGGAGGUGGCCGAGCAUAAACUGAGCCAAGGCCAAACCGCUCUCCAUCUAGGAGUGAGGCAUAAUCGUUUGGAGACUCUAAAAGUCCUAGUGGAGAUGGUGGGAGAUGGUGAUUUGGUGAACGCUCAAGAUGAUGAGGGUAAUACCAUUUUGCAUUUGGCCACACUAAACAAGCAAAUAGAGUUAACCCGGCAUCUCGUAGCACCUCCCUCCACCAAUACUCCUCCAGUAAAUGUGUUUCCGCCAGAGUCUUUCUUGGGUGAUAUCAGGAAGCAGAAGGAAGACAAACACGAGGAAUGGAUCGAGAAGAAGCGACAUUCUCUAAUGAUAAUUGCCACCGUGAUCGCAGCCAUGGCUUACCAAGCCGGCCUUAGCCCGCCCUGCGGCCUGUGGGACAACGAUCAGAAAGACGACAACGGCACCAUCUUAUACUACGCAGGAACAUCGAUAAUGGCUGCAAACCUUCCAGAGGGUUACGCAUCGUUCUGGAUAUACAACACCGUCUCUUUUCUUGCAUCCCUUAGCACGAUCUUCUUGCUCAUGAGUGGCUUGCCCUUGGGGAAGAAGGUUAUGAUGGGGAUUCUGACGGCCACAAUGUGGGUGACCAUCACUUUUAUGGUCAAGAAGUGA